UUUCGAGUACAGUUACUUACUAAAGUCUCAAACUGAUUACCUCUUCUAAUCAAGCUCCAUAAUUUAAAAUAAUGAAGACGUUUUUUGUAUUCUUAACAAUUAUUUCAAUUAUUAAUCAAUUAAAUUUGGUUAAUGGAGCUUCAGGUAGAUCGGACUAUGCAGCAUACACAGCUUUAUUAAAAUCUUUCACAUCAAAGGUGAAAAGUGUUGAUAAAUCUACUGAUUGGAAGACGAAAUUGCAACCAUUUUUUGCCCUUCCAAUGAAAGAGAUCAAUAUGUUGAAAAAAAGUUUAAUCUAUACACAACAAGUGGAAGAAAUAAUCACCCAAAAGAAUAAACCCAGAGUACAAAAGAUGUGUCAGAAUUUUAAAAGUAAAACUCAAAUUUCAAUUCUUUCCGAUUUGAUCAGCACAAAUGCUGAAUAUCUCAAUAACGAUCAAGAAGUUAUUAGUACACUUUAUCGUGAGAUUUAUAAAAGAAUUACAAUCGAACCAAAAGCAUCGGUAAUCGAUGGUUUUGUAGCAGCAUUUUCUGCUUUUGAUGAGAAAAAAUCCAUCAGUUCAGCGCAUUUGAGCAAAAUUAAAAAUGAGUUGGAUAAUAUGGAUGAAUUUUUAAUUGAUAUAAAGGAAAAAUUAAUUCAGCAAUCACAAUUGAUAAUGGAUACAAAAUUGAUGAAACAAAUUAAAAAAUUCGAAAAGAAUUUGAACAGUUUUAAAUUAAUGAAUCCUACAGAUGGCCCAUUGGGUAUCAUUGAUGAAUUGGUAAACAUACAAGGCACAAUAAAGAAUUCCCUUCAAUCAAUUGAAUCGCUUCUUAUCGAAUAUGAUAUGCAACGCAUUCGAUGGGCGGAACUAUUGAUGGACGCAAAAUUAUGUGAGGCUGGUCAAGAGACAAGUAUCGUUGCAAAACUUGGAAAUUGGCUACGUUCACUUUCAUUUAAGGGAAUCAUAUAAAAAUCCUACGAGAAAUAAAAAAAGAUUUUUUUUAUUAAAACGAAACUUUGCAAUUUAGUCUUGAAUAAAUUGAGAAUGAUCCAUGGUCGUUAAUAGAAAAUAUUAAGAAAAA